CUUCCGGUAUACAGGUGGGUGAGGUCAGAUGUCAACAAAAAGAGGUGGAUACAAAUAUUGUAAAAGAACUUUUGUAAGAAGAGCAUGACUUUAACAUGUGAUUCAUAUUCGGCACUUAUUUAGAAUUAAAGGAAGUUACAGCCUUUAAAUCAAAUAGUUAAACUACAGUUUAGAUGAAAUUCAUUCGGGAACAUAAACAGAGAAUAAAGGUGUAUAAUGUUAACAUGGAGUUUAUUAGUAUUAUUGCAGCUAAGCCAUAUUUCCGCCGAAAUCAUCAAAGUUAACGUCUCCACAGGAAGUACUUACCUGGAUGUAUCAUGGGAGGAGACAAAAGAGGGAGUCAACUAUACCCUAGGUUACGGUAUCCCUGACAACAUAACAUACCAGGAAAUAGACUAUACCCUGACCCCAGAUAAUAUUGCCUCAUAUCAGAUAGAUAAUUUAAGUCCAGGUGUUACUUAUACGUUGCAGCUGAAGAAAGAUGGCACAGAAGUUUUCAAGUCUACAGGAACCACAAAGCCUCUCCCACCAGCCUCUCUUAUUGUCUCAGAUGCUGGUACAGAUUACUUGUACCUUACUUGGCAGGGAAACAGUCAGAGUACUCAGGAUUCCUACAGAGUUACGGUUACUGAAACCAAUAAUAACUCAGAACUGUUUAAAUCUGACCCACUAACAGUAGAGUAUCAUAAUUUGACAAAUUUAUAUCCAGGAGCCUUGUACAGUAUAGCUGUAGAUAGUAUCAGUAAUGAUGUAUAUAGUAAUGGGACGGCCAGGAUCAUAGAUAAUACAAGACCAUUGCCACCAACCAUACAUUGGAUUAUGGCUAUAGAUAACUACACAUUGAUGUUAGCAUGGAAAGAAGACUUUAAUAGCCAACAGGACCAUGUAUAUUUAUCAGCUAUUUAUAACAACACCUUUAGCUAUGAGGGUGAGAUGAAUCUGACCUGUACCAUGUUGCUGUCCACAUGUGUGACCGAGGUCCGAGGGGUCAUUCCUGGCACACCUAUAGAGAUCAGAGCAUACUCUGUACAGAAUAACAGGAGAAGUGACCCUGAUAUAGCUUUCCAUUCCACAAAGCCUGAGACAGUAACCAGUUUACUAGAGACUAGUAGUACCACAUCUACACUGGAGUUGUCAGUAACUCCACCAUUUACUUCAGUAUUUGUGAAUUACUCAGUUAGUAUAGAUGAUGGGUACUUCUACUUCAGAAACUAUACUUAUCCAGCUAGUCACACAACAUUUACUAUAGGGAACCUGUCAGCAGGGAUAGAGUACAAUGUCUCUGUUGGUACUGUAUCUGAAUGGGAAGAAAGCAGGAACCAGUUCAGUAGGAUUUUCUAUACAAAUCCUAACAUGCCAGGAGAUAUAGAUAUUUUGACCAAAGAUAUCCUAACUACCUCACUGAAGAUAUCAUGGGGACAUGUGGAGAGUGGACAGCUGGAUUAUUAUGAAGUUGUCAUUUCCCCUAAAGAACCUCAGACUCAAUCACCUGUCCUCCAGUACAAUACUGAUGAGAGAAAUGUAAAGUUUGAUUCUCUAGUCCCAGGAAGGAAGUACUCCAUCACAGUCACAGCAGUUAAAGGACAGAAGAAAAAUAGUACAAACACAGUGGAACAAUAUACUAAACCCAAUCCUCCCUCUAAGAUCAUACACACUGUAAUUGGAGGUCGUGAGAUCCAUUUAGACUGGUUCAAGCCGAUCAUAGGAGAAGUAGAGAAUUACACUAUCAGUAUUGUCUCCCUUGGUAUAAAUGGCACUACCAACACCACCCUACCCAUAGCUCCUGUCACCUUAGCUGGGACAUCUUACUCCUUCACCCAGCUCCACCCAGGAGAGACCUAUGAGAUAUCCAUUGUUUGUAACAGUGGUGGUGAAACCAGUGAUCCCCUCAAGAUAACAGCUACUACAAAUGCAACCUCAGUAUCAGAAUUAUUCGUUGACCAUGUAACUGAAGACUAUAUAAAUAUAUCUUGGUCACGUCCAGAGAACUUGACCUUCCAGACAUUUAAACUGACCAUUAAUCCACCAGAUGCUACAACACCAGUGUCUAUACAAGAAUCAGCUGGUAUAUUAUUUCACAGUUUUACAGGAUUACAACCAGGAACAGUAUAUAACCUGUCUAUUUAUCUGAUAUCAGGGACAAGUGUUAUUGAUAAAUCUGAAAGAACAGCCAUCACAAAUCCUUUACCAGUGGAUGAUAUCAACAUUACAACACAUGAUACCAGCAGCUUGCUCAUUGAUUGGUCCAUAACAAAACCAUUACAACAGCAUCAUUUUGAAAUUGUGUAUGAAGAGAAUAACGAUUCAGAAAAUAUCACAUUACCUAUGGUACUAGCUCUUCAUGACAAAACAAGUUACCAGUCACAUAUUAUGAGACUUACAGCUGGAUCCCUGUAUACAAUUCAUAUAAGAGCUGUACAAGAGUUUAAUGACCUAAAGAGUUAUAGUUCCUGGGUUACUAUGAACAAAACCACAAAGCCCAAUUCAGUGACUGAAUUAAAGGCAUCAGUUUCUGGCCAAGAUGCAAUGUUGUCAUGGAAACCAAACAUCAAUAGUACCCAGGACAGUUUCUAUAUCUGGUAUAGGCCAAUAUUAAAUCUCUCCUCCUUCUGGAGACAGACAUUUACCCGUGACCUCCAGACAACCUUGAAAGGAAUGUUUGCAGGGGAGAGAUAUGAGUUUAUUGUGUUUGCAGUUAGUAUAGGAGAAAUGAGUUUACCCAGAAAUGUCUUUGCUGAAGUUUUACCUCUGUCACCACAAGAUGUAACUACGUCAGACAUCUUGAUAGAUUCUCUCACAUUGACUUGGUCCUACAACAAAUCAUCAACUUUUAUUGAGGAGUUUGAAUUGACUUACACUGGUUACCAUAGUAACAGUGAGGGUAUGAUAACUGUAGAUGGUGGGAAUUCUACAUCUUCUGUUACCCUAAGUAGUCUGAAAUCUGGAGAGAGCUAUGAGAUCAGUAUAACAAGUCAAACAGGAAACCUUACAUCAGAAGCUACUUCUAUGAAUGUCACUAUCAAGCCUGAAUGUUUGACAGUAUUAACAGAGAAUACAGCCUUGACCACAAGUGACGUCAUUACUAUCCAGUAUACACCUGUUGUAAACCAGUUUGAUCAUUAUCAAUUUACUCUUAUUAAUGAUACACAAAGAUCGCCUGUAAUGAAGAGCAGAGGUGAUAAAAACAGAUUGGUUACAUUUGACAGACUGACAGGUGGUAGUUUGUAUGUUGUUGGGGUGCUGGCAGUCAGUGACACUCAGAUCAGUGAUAUUAGGAGUAUCUCUAUAUUUACAGCCCCAAACAGACCUCAUGUAGAACAGAUCAGCACUGCUACAGAGAUCACACUCAUUAUUAACAAGCCACCAGGUCGUGUAGACAGCUACCUCAUUGUUUGUGCUCUUAACUCUGUUCCAUGUAGUAGUAAUACAAUAGAUGCCAGCCAAGAUAAGAUAACUCUGCCUUUUGUAAAGCUGACACCGUAUCAGAAAUAUAAAUUCCAGAUUGUCACUUUUGCUGGACUGAAAAAUGUGUCUUUCUUCAUGAAUAUAGAAACAGCACAAGCAGCACCAUCUGUAGUACAGAAUUUACAUGCUAAAGAAACACAGCCCAGAGAAGUAGUCCUGACUUGGAAUGCUCCCAGGGUCACUAAUGGAAUUAUUACAGCUUAUAUUGUGGAAUAUCGGGGAAGGAGAAAUGAUAUGGAGCCUGUGAUUGACUCUAAUGUAAGAACUAUCAUGGUAGACUCCACAUCGGCUUUCAGUGAUCCUAUUGAAUACACACUCAAAGAUUUAACAGCAGGACUUAAAUAUGUAUUUAUGGUUUAUGCUAAGACUAUCAUAAAUGGUCCAUCAGUGUCCAGUCUUCUAACAACAAGAACAUACAACCCCAAACUUAAGGAUGGAGUUAGUUCAGACAUGGCUGCCCCUACAACUCCAGAGGAUAAGACCUCUUCUGUAACACCAUCAACUAUAACUGCCAGAUUUACUAAUGCAUUCUCUGAUGAGUAUGGGGAGAUAAUCCAGUACACCAUUAUAGUAGCUACCAAUACAGAUGAGGACUAUCUGAAUACCAACACUCUACCUGGUUGGAAGGCAUACCAGAAUGACCCAUCAAUCAAAGCUUAUCAAGCUGUGUCUAAUUGUUCUGACUUCUUUGUACUGGAGUCUACGUGUAACGAUCGUUUACGUGUUCAGAAAAGAAGUGUUGGUGAAGAGGAGUAUAAAACGUUCGUAAUCGGCAGUGAAACUAACUGUAAAGAUCCUCAUUAUUGUAAUGGACCAUUAAAACAGAAUACAGAAUAUUAUGUCAAGCUUCGGGCCUACACAACUGGGGGAUAUGCUGAUACAGUUUAUUCUCUUCCUUUCAGAACAGGUUCUGUAACAGAAGAAAGUAGUUAUGGUGGCAUCAUUGGUGGCAUUGUGGCAGCAGUUGUUAUCAUUGCUCUUAUUCUGUUUGCUGUUUUGUUCCUACGGAGAAAUAUCAGGUCAAAGAGUAACAUGUAUAGACAAGGUCAUGACCACAGGAUGACCCCAAGGUCAUCAAUGAGAAGUCACAAGAAAAAACAUGAAAUCAACAUUGCCAACUUCAGAGAUCAUGUGAUGACAAUGUCAGCUGACUCGGAUUUCAAGUAUGCUGAGGAAUUCGAGGAUUUGAAGGAAAUUGGAAGGGAGCAAUCAUGCUCAGCAGCAGAACUUCCAGUAAACCGUGGCAAGAAUAGAUUUACUAAUAUUCUACCCUAUGACCACUCUAGAGUCAAGUUACUUCCGACAGAUGAUGAAGAAGGAUCUGAUUAUAUCAAUGCUAAUUAUAUGCCUGGUUUUAAUUCCAAGCGAGAGUAUAUAGUUACACAAGGCCCACUACCCUCUACAAGAGAUGACUUCUGGAGGAUGAUCUGGGAACAGAAUUCUAGGAAUGUUGUGAUGUUAACUAAAUGUGUAGAAAAAGGAAGGGAAAAAUGUGACCAGUAUUGGCCAUCAGGAUCAGAUGCCAUGUUUUAUGGUGAUAUACAAGUAGCUGUUCUUAAUGAGACAAAGUUUCCAUCAUGGACAGUUACAGAAUUCAGGAUAGCGCUGGGAGAUUUGACCAGACAGGUCCGACAUUUCCAUUUCACAGCUUGGCCAGAUUUUGGUGUUCCAGAUAAGCCACAAACUUUGAUAAGAUUUGUCAGAAUAGUCAGGGAAAAAUUAAUCAGGGAGUGUGGACCUAUUGUUGUUCACUGCAGUGCUGGUGUGGGGAGAUCUGGUACUUUUAUUGGCCUAGACCGACUACUACAGGACAUAUUAGACCGUGAUAUUAUUGAUAUAUUUAAUGUGGUGGCAGAGAUGAGGAGAGAGAGGGUCUGGAUGGUACAAACAGAGCAACAAUAUGUAUGUAUACACCAGUGCCUUAUGUGUGUAUUAGAUGGUAAAGAAGAGGAACAUGUGUAUGUUAACUCAGGAAAUGUCAAUCAGGCAUUUGAAGAUGAUGAAGGUAUCAAUGUUGAAGUGCCUUGAACAGAACAGUGAUAUUUACACAAGAUGAUUCCAGGGUGUGAUGGAGCUGUUUUCAACAGUAGUAAAUUUGUUGUAUAUGUUUAUCACUUAAUAAAUAUCUCGUGUUCAUGGCAGAAGACAAAGAGUUCCAUUCACUUUUAUUUUAAAUACUGAAGGUUUGGAAGGAGAUCUUUAUUAUGCCAGAAUUAAUAAUAAAAUUCUAAUGAAUAGAUUGUUUUAGUGGAUUUUUCUAGUGCUCUGCAAUUAUUCUACUGAAAACUAUAUCAGUUAGUCUCUAUCUGCUUUUUAGAAUUUAUUUAGGCAACUUAUAGAAAAGGUAAUCUUGUCUUUACUAUUCAGACUGUAUUUAUAAAGGUGUAGAAAUAUUUCUUCAUAUUUACUCUCUGAUAAGUAAAUGAAAAAUUAAAAAUGAACAAAAUGAAAUUAGUUUUAUUACAUAAAUACAUCAGUUUUCCUGAAUUCUAAGUGGUUCAUGACUUUGCUCAAAGGAUGUUAUAAAACAAUCUCUAGUUUCAGUCCAUCAUCUAAGUGUGACUUCUGGCUAAUGGCUCCUUGAAAGGUUGAUAUAUAAUAUAGAAACAAACCUUCAGUUAGAUGGCAAGCUACUUAAUAUUUUCUUCAUUUGAUUAAAAUGUGUUAAAAAAUAUGUUAUUGAAAAGAAUAUUUGUAAAUUCUUGGCUGUGAUUGUUGGAUAUAUUGAAUGUUUUUAUGUUUAUCUAUUGCAACGAAAACUGUUUUUGCACUAAGUUAUGUGCAGUUUAUAGUCCCUGUUAGAUGGAUAGUAUUGUAAAUAGAUUAGAAGUUAAAAUUGCUAUAAAAUUUGUUGUACUAAAAGAUUUUGUUAAAAAUUAAAAAGCGUUAUUAAACUUAGGAGGAGGGGAUAAAACAAAAUCUGAUCCGAAUCACAAUGUGAUCUUCAUAUUAUGUUCAGUUCUUGUUGAACGUUGACAGCCAUUUCCUGUUCAAAGCAUGUUAUUUAUGUACAUAUAUUAAAACUUGAUAAAGAAACCUAUCACAAUUGACUUAGUGCACAUAUAGUGAAUAGGCCUGUCAUAACAUCAUUAGAAUCUCGAUCAAACUAAAUUAAGAAAAACAGAAUUUUGAUGAUCAAUGCUUUUGAAUGGGGAUAUAUGUCUGGAACCCCCCUCUCUUCCCUUUAUCCAGGGAUGGUACCCCCUUUUAAACAAUGGGUUCAUUUGCCCUGGAUUCUUAAAUUAAGUAUAUACAGAAUAUUUAGGAUUUAGUUAUAAUAAGAUGGGUUUUUUUAAUUCAAUUUAUAGCUUGUGGCUUUUGUAAAUAAAAUUUGAAUGACUUUGUGUUCCAUUGAUGUUUAGGAGUAAACAGAAUAUCUUAAACUAUAUAUUAUUAACAGAGAAAAGAUCUUUAGAUAUUAUCUUAAAACUAACUUACGAAUUAUAAUAUUUUUGAUAUAAAAAAGGGGGUUUGUAUAUUAAACAUUUUUUUAGAGAUCUGUACAUUGUUUUAAGAAGGUGCUAACUUGAUGAUAUUAUUUCUAUACUGAUUAUUAUUUUAAUCUUAUACAGAACAGAUAUACAUUUGUAAAUAUAGAUUUGUAAAUACAAAUUUUUGUUGAUGCGCAUUGUAUUGUAGUCAAAGUAAAACAGCGUAAGUGCCUUUUAACUUUUACAAAUUCUUAAUUUAUAGUCAGAAGCGAGAUAACAUUACAUUUGAUUAGAAAAGAGUUGCAUGUUCUGAAAGUCCUUCAAUAAUGCUUAUUUUACUUUAUAAGUUCUCCAGUCUCUUACUUUUUUUCGAAAGCAACCCUUUAAUCACUGACUUUCAAAUUCUUUGGUUUCAGCAUUUCCCAUUCAAUGAAGGCUAAUCUAUAAAAGUGCUUUGUACAUACCAAAUUUAGAAAAUUACUUUCAUCAGUUAUUGUAUACAUAAUACAACACACACAUAGACUUACAUACUUUAUGUAUGAAUACUAGUCAGUUUCUCUUCAUUACCAUAGAUGCAAUAUUGGUUGAGUUUUUUUGCUGUCAGUACCACUCUAGUUUAUUUUUGCCAAACAUUUACAUACUACAUGUAUUUAUUUUACUAUUUAGUCAUUAUUGUAUUUUGUAUGUGUAUAUUAUUUCAGCACCUGUGCAAUAACAUCUUUGUAAGAUUUGGAUGUGUAACUUGCCUGUAAUAUCUGGUUGUUUUACUUUUGACAACAACAAAAAAAAACAUACAUUUUUUUGUAAAAUUUAUUUGAACAA